CCAGAGCCUGGAGAGAGCCGGAGCUGAUGGCAGAGCUGUACGGCGGAGCAGCAUCGUGUCUGCGGAUGUAGCAAUAACUUUUCACGGCUUCUCCCGCGGGGAUACGACGGGGAAAGAACUCUGGAGGGGAAAAGUUAAGCCAGAGCAGUGAUCAUCAAAAGGAGUGACCUAAAAUGUGGACGAACUGACAUUUUCUUUCUAGACUGAUUACUCAACUAAAAAGACCGAUCAGACAUCGCGUCUUUGAAAAAUGGCCGUUCGUGGUAACUCGCUCAUGCCUUUCUCAAUCCAAGCUAUCCUAAACAAAAAAGACGACUGCAGACAUUUACCGGAUUUGGACAUGUGCUUUUCCAAGACGGCGUGCUGGAAAAUAUUUGGGGAAAUGAACGCUAAGUCUGGUAGAAACGAUGGGGAGCCGUGUGAGCCAACCGACCAGAAGAGCUACGACUCGGAUUCUGGACUCAGCGACGACAACGACAGAAAGACUCCAGCCGCCUGUAAGUCGGAGAAGGACUUAGACCCAGCGUCGGAUGUACCGGAGGAGAGUCUGCAGGACGAAACGGACCACGAGUCAGCAGCUGCGGAGAACGUGAAGAGUGACAGCGAGCCCAAUACUGCAACGGACUCCAGCAACCUGGACGAGAAGAGCCUGGACCAGCCCAAGCAGCGGAAAAAGCGUUCCAGGGCCGCUUUCUCUCACGCGCAGGUCUUCGAGCUCGAGCGCCGCUUCAACCACCAGCGAUACCUUUCCGGGCCGGAACGGGCGGACCUAGCGGCCUCCCUGAAACUCACAGAGACUCAGGUCAAGAUCUGGUUCCAGAACCGUCGUUACAAGACAAAACGCCGGCAGAUGGCCGCCGACCUGAUGGCGUCGACCCCAGCGGCCAAGAAGGUGGCGGUGAAAGUUUUGGUGCGGGACGACCAGAGACAGUACAGCCCGGGAGAGAUCCUGCGGCCCCCCCUUCUCUCCCUGCAGCCGUCCUACUAUUACCCCUAUGCUUACUGCCUACCUGCAUGGACCUUGUCUGCGUGUGCGGGAAAUCAGUGAAAAUUGACUGUAUUUAUUCAUUUUAUGACUUCUUCUCCGGGGAACCAAAGAAACAUUACUUUUUAUGACAAGAAGAGGAGACCUGAGGUGACUGUUAAUCAGCUCAGCGUCUCAUCUGGUGGUCCAAACAACACCAGGGGUUCCAAAACCUUUUCUCUAGCUCCCUAAGCGCUCACUUCCUUUGAAACGACAUCUUUGUACUUUUAGCAAGAGUCUGUUUCGAAGGACCCCAUUAAAAAUGUUUUUUCUCAUGAUUUAAGCUCUAAAACCAGAAAUGUCUUGAACUGCAUGGUGGCCGGAGAGACAGGACCUCUGUAUUAAAUAUCAGUGUGUGAAGUGACACAGUAGUAACAAAAAAGUAUUUCUCUGUUUGCCGGGACCCCUUUCAAGGACCUCUGAAGACCCCCGGACCAUAAAGUGGGAACCGGUGGCCUUGUUGUCACGUUAUGUUUUUUUUUUCUUUUAAUUUUUCGUGCGCCUUCCUACCUCUGCAUUGAUUGGAAAUGACCUAUAUUCCGUUGCCUUCUCAGAAAAAGACUGUCUCUGUUACAGGUUGUGCGUUUUGUUCUGGCUGUGUUUAUAAAGGUAAGAUAUUUUGGCACUUUUGAGCAUAUAUGUUCCAUUAUUUCCAUGUAAGACGCAUGCAAUGUGGACAUGUUUGGUGGUAGAUUGAGAGGAGGCGGUUUGUUGGCCUGAUCUGUGGCAGGAAGCAGGCUGGAACAGACCAACUCCGGCUUCAAAUGUACAUGAUUUAUUUUAUGUUAAAUGGUUGUUUAGAUCGAAAAACAUUAAAAA